CCAUCCAGUCCUCCUCUGAUCUUCUCUUCCGCUUCCUCUAGCGGCAGAGCGAAAUGGCGGCUGCCACUCUCGUGCCCCCGGUGGUCUUCCUGUGCAAGCAGGGGACCAAGCCUCCCCUGCCCCAUGUCGCGCGCCGCGCCGUCUCCGUCCGCGCCGCGCCGCCCCGCCAGCAACAGCAACACCGCGCCCGCCCGCGCCCCCCUCCCAGGAACAACAAGCGGGUCGACCGGCCCGCCCGCCGUCCGCCCAGAGCCCCUCCUCUGGACUACGACGACGACGAGGACGACGACCAGGAGGAUGAGGUGGGGAGGUUCGCUGGUGGCACCCGGGCCGCCGCCAUGCCCAAGCCGCCGGCCGGCUUCGUGCUGGAUGACAAGGGCAGGUGCAUCGCCGCAGCAUCCAAGCGCAUCGUCACCAUCAGGAGAGGCAUUGCAGAUCGAUGACGCCACCAACCGCCCCUUGGAGUGCAUAAUCAGGAGAGUCUUCCGGAGCUCCCAGGACCACGACUGCAUGCUUCUCUGCCCCGUUGACAUGCCUGUGCAGGUCCUCAAGAGCACAAAUUUCAGUGGAUGGAUAGCUGUUGACGACGACCAACUCAAGCAAAUCAUUCCUUCCGUUGCCUAUGCCCUUGCGAGAGUGCAUAUGCACUUUGUCGAAAGCGGAUUCUGUUAUACAGCAAGGGGUGGCUUCUGCUUCCCUGAAGAAGCCAUUCAAGAGUUUCAUGAUUCCGGUGAUGGUGGCGACGGGGUACCUUUCGAGGGUGUAGAGAUUUGCUGCUUCAAUUUGGAUGGUGCUCACUAUAUGAUUUACACACCAGUUGAUCCUCUUUUAUUCGUCGCAGUCAAGGAUAAGGAUGGUGUGCUGCACAUCGCUGAAGAUGAUUUGAUGGAUGAUCCUGCAGUUGUUGACGCCAUAGACGAAGAGACAGAAUUUACAGCUCUAGUGGAGGAGGAAGAGGCCCUUCUUGAAACGGUACUUGGUGAAAGGUGAUGAAUGGCAAGGAGGGGGUACUUGUAUAGGAAGAGGAGGAUGAGGAGACCUGAAUCCACUCCAUCAAGCAGUAGAAUGAAGAAGAAGAAGCUGGUGAAAUAUACCAGUAUGAUUAGAUGUGCAGCGCAGGGCAUUUGAGCUGCCAACCCUAGGAUGGAUGAUGAUGUAAUGUUAAUCGUCACAUACCGCUGCUGCUGUUAAUCGUCGUCUGUGUCAACUAGUGUAGUAUAGAUUACUGAAGGAGCUGCAAGGAGUCCUUUUUUUCCUAAUCAAAUGAUUAGGACAACCAAAGCUAUUGCUGGUCCGCUGAUAAACUGAAUUGCUCCCUCUGUUCCAAGGUGUUUGUAUGCAUCUAGAAAAUUCAUAGGUGUUUGUAUGCAUACGACCUAUAAUUUGGGAGUACCAAAUAAAAUUGCCCCAAUCUAUUCUGAUA